CUUAUAUAAAUCUUUCCAUUCCCCCAAACUCUCUCUCUCUUCUCUCUCUCUAUUUCUCUCCGGUAAUAAUUCUUCCUCUUCUACGGCGGAGCCACCGCUAAAACCACCGUCCGUACACCGGAAUCCACCGUUUCUCGCCGGAAUCCGGCGAUCUUUGUCUAGAUCUUUCGUCGACUUACCGUCAAACUCACUACCCUCUUUCUUUUCUUCUUCUCCAGUAAUUUCUCUUUCAAUUUUAAUCUCUUUUUUUUACUGUAUUUUUAAUUGAAAAAAAAAUUAUAUAUUCUACUUUUUAUAUUUAUAUUUUUAAUUUUCUCAACGAGAAAUGUACCUGUUAGAGUGAAUUUACUUUUCUAACCUUUUGCUUUAUUUGUUUUUAUCUUUCCAAACCCCAUAAUUCCUUAACCGUAACUUCACUUUUUUUUUCUUCCUUUUUUAUCGCUUUUUUAUUUUAUUUUAAAAGUGCGGUGACGUGGCAUGCUGUAGAUUAAGAUUGGACGGCUAGGAUGAAUUAUCACUCACGGCGAAUCUUAACUCUUGACGAGUCAUCACGGAAGCGAAAAGACCGAGACACGUUUUAUUCGUCUCCAAGACCGUCAAAUCCACUAACGUCCGUUAGUAAUGCUAACCUUACGACGUCGUUUCCUAAACCCGACCCCAAAAAAAAGGGUCAUCCUCCUCAUCAAAUGCCUAAUUCAGUUUUAGCCGGGUAUAUGGCUUAUGAGUAUUUAACUAAAGGUACUUUAUUGGGUCAGAAAUUUGACCCGGCUCGACCUAGAGCUAAUGCUGCUGCUACUCCUGUAGCCGACCCGAAGAAGAGAAAGUCGAGCCCGGAUGAGCCGAAGCCGAGCCAGAAUUAUGUUGAGAUAUCUAGCUUGUUGAGGAGUGAUGGGACCCACAUUCCUGGUAUUGUCAAUCCGACGCAGCUGGGACAGUGGAUUCAGAUGUGACAUUUUAAAAAUUAAGAAAAAAAAAAGGCGGAGGCUUGAGACGAGACGUAUCGGAACGGAACAGAAAAAAAUGAUACGGUUUUUUAUUAUUGUUAUAUUGUUGUUUUUGAUUAUUAUUUGAAUUUUGUGUUGUUGUUAUUAGAUGACUCAUGAAUGUUAUGUGCUGACUAUAGACAGCCAGCUUUCAUAUAUAUAUUACUACUAUCUUGUUUAUUUUUCUUA